GAAUUUGUUUGUCCAUCUGACAAGGAGGCCAGCGAGGAGGCCAGAUACCAUUAGGUGUGCUGUCAGUGUGGACGGUGGCUGAGCCGGUCAGGACAGCGCCACAGCGCCGCCUCCUGUGGCCUCUAGCCUUGCUUCUCAGGACGGCAGAACUGAAGCUGCGAGAUGGCCGAGCAGGACCCCGGGGGCAUCAGCCCCCUCCAGCAAAUGGUGGCAUCAGGCGCUGGGGCUGUGGUCACCUCUCUCUUCAUGACCCCCCUGGAUGUGGUGAAGGUCCGCCUGCAGUCUCAGCGCCCCUCGGUGGCCAGUGAGCUGAUGCCUCCAUCCAGACUCUGGAGCCUCUCCUACGCCAAAUUGCCCUCCUCUCUCCAAUCCACAGGGAAGUGCUUCCUGUACUGCAAUGGUGUCCUAGAGCCCCUGUACCUGUGCCCGAAUGGUACUCGCUGUGCCACCUGGUUUCAGGACCCCACUCGCUUCACUGGCACCGUGGAUGCCUUUGUGAAGAUCGUGAGACACGAGGGCACCAGGACCCUGUGGAGUGGCCUCCCAGCCACCCUGGUGAUGACUGUGCCAGCCACUGCCGUCUACUUCACCGCCUACGACCAACUCAAGGCCUUCCUGUGUGGGCGAGCCCUGACCUCUGACCUCUAUGCGCCCAUGGUGGCUGGCGCCCUGGCCCGCCUGGGCACCGUGACUGUGAUCAGUCCCUUGGAGCUGGUUCGAACAAAGCUGCAGGCUCAGCAUCUGUCGUACCGGGAGCUGGGCACCUGCGUCCGAGCUGCUGUGGCUCAGGGCGGCUGGCGCUCACUGUGGCUGGGCUGGGGUCCCACUGCCCUCCGCGAUGUGCCCUUCUCAGCCCUGUAUUGGUUCAACUACGAGCUGGUGAAGAGCUGGCUGACUGCGUUCAGGCCAAAGGACCCAACCUCCGUGGGCAUCAGCUUUGUGGCUGGCGGCAUCUCAGGGACGGUGGCGGCCAUCCUGACUCUACCCUUCGACGUGGUGAAGACUCAACGCCAGGUCGCGCUUGGAGCGGUGGAGGCUGUGAGAGUGACGCCCCCGCGCGCCAUCUCCACCUGGCUGCUGCUGCAGAGGAUCCGGGCCGAGUCGGGCACCAGGGGGCUCUUUGCAGGCUUCCUCCCGAGGAUCGUCAAGGCCGCCCCCUCCUGCGCCAUCAUGAUCAGCACGUAUGAGUUCGGCAAAAGCUUCUUCCAGAGGCUCAACCGGGAACAGCCUCUGGGCCCUUGAAAGGAGUGAGGGGACAGGGACCCCAUCUCUUCCACGGGUGGGGUGAGGCAGGAGGAGACUGAGCCAAGUGCCUUUUCCUCAGCACUGAGGGGAGGGGCCCCGUUUCUCUUUCCUCUCCGCUCUGAGCCCCAGGCCCCCCACCCCAGACCUCUUCCUGCUGCUCCCCAUUCCCCAGCCCCGUGAAUCAUCUCUCCCCCCCACGUUCAAGACCAAAUCUGCUAACUACCCGCACCCCCCAUUCCCUGGUGUGUCUGCUGUAGCCGGGCCUGCCCCUGAAAGCCUGCGGGCCUGGCGUGGUCUGCACCCGCCUCUGUUAAUUCCUUGAGUCUAAAGAUGAUAAACUUCUUUCCAGUG